AUGUCACAAGGCGAAGGUGGUGUUGGCACCUACGAGGAAUGUGAUUUCGACGAGGGGAUGGAGUUGGAGAAGCGAGAGCGGAGGAAAGCACCUAAAGGAGUGCUGUGCCUCCUCACUUCGUCUCUGGAGAGAGCCGUCGCGCUGCUGUACGUGCUUCUGGCCCUCACCUUCGUGAUCUUCAUGGCUCUCACCAUCGUGAAUCUCCAGAGAGUAUCUGCGGCGUGGGAGGCGUUGGAACAAGCCCGGAUGCGGAGUGAGAACAGCCACACGACGGCGUGGCACAACCUCUCGGAGGUCCAGCGCACCUUCGAUAAACAGCUUUCUGGUGAGCUCAAGGUGAUUCACGGCCAACUGCUGAACGUGUCGCAAGAAGUGGAGAACAUGCGGUGGAAGAUGACGCAGUGCAAAGCGGGGUGCGGGAGGGAGCUGUCGGAUCACCUCCGAGUCUCAGAGGAAAGGGACGCGCUGGAGCCGGUGCUGCGGCAGCUGGCGGAGGUGAAGCAGGAGCAGAGCCGCGCGUCGGCGCUCCUUGACGCGGCGCUGGAGGAGAUGCGCAACCUCUCAGAAAUUCUCUGCACGAGGUGUCCCGCCGGCUGGCAGCAGUUCGCCAAAACCUGCUAUUUUUUCUCCAACACCACCAAACACUGGCUGGCUGCUAAAGACUCCUGCGCCGACUUCAACGCCCAUCUGGCCAUCGUCGACACCGAGCAGGAAAACAAAUUUCUGGCAAAUCACAUCAUGGAGAAUCGGGUGUUCUGGCUGGGCCUGACCGACAUGCACAAAGAAGGCGACUGGCAGUGGGUGGACGGCCACUCCCUCUCUCUCUCGUACGUUUUUAGCCUCAUCGGAGGGUAA